CGGGGAAAUUUUCAGGAGCAAAACAACUGAAUGAUUCACAAUGAAUUUAUUUGGUGGAUCGUCAACUGGGUCUUUUGGUGGAGGCUCAUUGUUUGGAGGUAACCAGCAAGUGGUGGUAAACUAUAACCCUAUGAAAGAUGUGGAGGUAGCCUCCCCACCAGAUGACAGUGUCAGUUCUCUCCAGUUUAGCCCAGGGUCUCUAACUUCUACAUUUCUAGUGGCUGGAAGCUGGGAUAACAAUGUUCGGUGCUGGCAGGUAGAACAGAAUGGCCAGACAAUACCCAAAGCACAACAAACACAUACGGGGCCAGUGCUGGAUGUGGCAUGGAGUGAUGAUGGCACAAAAGUUUUUACUGCCUCUUGUGACAAAACAGCAAAAAUGUGGGAUUUGGCGAGCAACCAAGCCAUGCAGAUAGCCCAGCAUGAUGCUCCCAUUAAAACUAUCCACUGGAUCAAAGCCCCGAGUUAUAGCUGUGUGAUGACUGGCAGCUGGGAUAAAACACUAAAGUUCUGGGAUACUAGAAGUCCCAAUCCAAUGAUGACUAUAAACCUUCCUGAAAGAGUUUAUUGUGCAGAUGUGCAUUACCCAAUGGCAGUUGUAGGCAUAGCUGGGAGAGGUAUCAUCAUAUAUCAACUGGAGAACCAGCCAAGAGAAUAUAAGACAAUGGAUUCCCCUCUCAAAUAUCAGCAUCGGUGCAUCAGUAUAUUCCUGGACAAGAAAACUAAUGGCCCAGUGGGUUUUGCACUGGGCAGCAUUGAGGGAAGAGUGGCCAUACAGUACCUCAGUCCUACAAACCCCAAAGAUAACUUCACUUUCAAAUGCCACAGAUCCAAUGGUACAACAGGAGGGGCACAGGAUAUUUUUGCAGUCAAUGGCAUUGCUUUUCAUCCAGUCCAUGGCACUUUGGCUACAGUGGGGAGUGAUGGAAGAUUUAGCUUCUGGGAUAAAGAUGCCAGAACUAAACUGAAAACCUCCGAGCAGCUCCCCAUGCCCAUCACUUGUUGCCAUUUUAACGCAGCAGGAAAUAUUUUUGCUUAUGCUUCAAGUUAUGAUUGGUCAAAGGGUCACGAAGGGUUUGAUCCCCAUAAGAUGAAACCGCACGUUCUUCUCAGGUCUUGCUAUGAUGAGUUAAAACCAAGUAACAAGAAAUCCUAAGAGAAGUAACAACAUAUUUUGGGAAUCCAACUUGACUACAGUGCACAGUAAAUACGUAUUCAGCCAAAUGUUCUGUCGUAUGUGCACUUCUUGUGAUUUUCAGAAAACUUAACAAGAGAGUCUACCUUUCGUUAUUUGCACGAAUAUUUAGUUACACCAUUAAAGUAUGGUAAACAGCACAUAAAAAAGCUUGUAUCAUAGUUUGUCUCCAGCACUGAAAAAUAUACCAGAGGCCAGAUAUUACAGUAAUGCAGAAAUUAAAAAAAAAGCAGACAAGCUAAGCUAUUGUCAGUUUAAAAUAUAUUUAUAUGUUUAAAAAGUUGUGUAUUUUUGUUUUUGAGAUUAAAGGCUGUAAGGAAAUUACUGUGUGGAAUUUGUAAAUUAUUGUUAAAUCAUCAGAUUACCCUUAAAAUGGAAAGAUCUGAUGAAGAGAACUAAAGUUGCAAUUUGGAACAAAACACUUAUGUAACAUAACAUUAAUUAUUAAAGAUCAACUUAAA